AUGGCGUAUCAUAUUUACAGCAUUCUUUCGGGUAGGAAGUCGUUGUGGACUACCUGGAUAGAGUUGUAUAGACUGCGUGGCCGGAGUAUAUGGGACAUUCCGGUUCAAGUCAAUUCUCCUUGGGGUUGGAAACGUCUUAUGAAAUGUAAAGAUAUUUUUCGUGAGCAUUUAUGGACGAAGAUUGGUAAUGGUCAUAGCACAUCGCUUUGGUUUGACAAAUGGACGUCCGAGUGCCCGUUGCAAUAUAUAGUGACUCCUCGUCAGAUGGCUCGAUAUGGGUUUAAUAUCAAAUCUAAAGUAGUUGACGCGAUUAGCGAUGGCCAGUGGCUUUGGCCGGAAGCUUGGAGAAAUGUUUACCCGAUCCUUUUUCAGCUCCAACCUCUUAACUUGGCGGAUACAAAGGAUAGAGUUCUAUGGAUGAAUUUGGAUAACAAGCUGGUUCCGUUUUCAUCUAGGGAGGUUUGGGAUUCUAUUAGAUGGCGUGAUCAGCAAACUUCAUGGGCAAAGGUUGUUUGGUCCGCUUUCAAUAUUCCAAAACAUGCGUUCCUUUGCUGGCUUAUUCACAAGAAGAAGCUGUGGACACAAGACCGGAUUCUUCGUUGGAACCAUACGGUUACAGGUUCGAUGAAUCUCAUGUGCUGCUUACUUUGUUAUUCAGGGGUAGAGAACCAUGAGCACCUCUUUUUUGAAUGCCCUUACUCGAAGAUGGUAUGGAGUAAAGUGAGAAAAAAAAUCCGAAUGGAUACGGUUCGAGAAACAUGGGAUGACAUCACUUCGAAGCUUGUAGCUGCGGCAAACUCGAGAUCGGUUUAUGCGGUGGCUAGUAGAUUAGUGGUGGCAGCUACGGCUUAUACUAUAUGGCGGGAAAGAAACUCGAAACUCUUCAAAAACAAACUGAGACCCCCGGAGCAACUUGCUGAGGAUAUUAUCGACACUGUCAGAUUAAAGUUAACUUCUUUCAAGUACAAGCGGAAUGUGAAUGUCAAGCGGUUCUUGGAAGAAUGGAUGAUGGAUAAGGACGAAUUCUUGGAUGAAGAGUGA